AUGUCGUGGGACCUGCUCAAGCGAUUCCUUGAGUCCGACGUCUUCAACUCAAACCCCUUUCUAUCGGUCUCUUACCUUUCUCGAUACGCCGACCAUGUGGGCAUUCACUAUGUCCUUUGCAACAAGCUGCGCCAAUUCCCCUACGAGGAUAUCGAGUUCUUCCUGCCGCAGCUAUGCCACCUUAUAAUCAGCGUCGAUAACGAGUCCAUGGCCCUGGAGGAGUUCCUCCUAGACUUGUGCGAAGAGUCGGUGACCGCUGCGCUUCUGACGUUUUGGCUCUUCCAGACCUACCUCCACGAUUUAUCUUCCAAUCCUCAAUCCAAAGCCUUUCAAACAUGUCGGAGGGUGUACAACAAAGUGCAGCAUAUUGUGUUCGGUCUGCCGGACGCCGCGAGACACGACAAGAUCAAGGAGAACAUUCUGCCCGUCACAGUCCUGGCGAGCUUCGUUCUGGCCAGCAUCGCAGUCCCCCUCGUCCCGCAGUGGGCGGGGCCACUCGCCGUGGCACAGGCUCGAAAGCCUCAGCCCGCUGACGAUCUGAUCUCCGAUUCUCGAGAAGGUAACCCCAAGACGACACAGGUGUCGCGGGCCCACACCGUGACUGCCGGGAGCUCGAGAUCUAAGCGUGCGAAAGAUGCCGGACGCCUCUCCAGCGCGCCAGACCUGGUGCUUCCAAGUUCCGCUUCGGGCAACUUGCACCAUCGGUCAACGGAACCGUCACCGACACGAUCAGGCUCGUCCGGUUCUAAGACGCCGGUCGAAGCAAAGCGUCUGCCACCUCAUCUCAACAUGAAAAACGACGAUGCUCGUCUCAGCUCCUCUUCGCUGCCGCUUCCAGAACUACGAUCCCCCAGAUUGGCUAUCACAAGACCGACAACUCCUGUGUCAGCAGGACUCCCCCCGCGGCUUGGCGACGCCCUCAGCAGGAGACACUCCCACCACUUCAAGAGCGGCGCCACCGCCACCGAGCUGACGCCGUUGCAGAAGACGAGACUGUUGCGGCAGCACUACUUCAGGUGUGAGACGCAGUUUCUGACGGCCCUCGAGGGCAUCUCGAACAGACUAGUCAUCGUGCCAAAGCCUGCUCGUCUCAGUGCUCUUCGCGCCGAGCUGGCUCUCAUUGCGCAAGACCUGCCGGCCGAAGUUGACGUCCCUGUCAUCUGCCCCCCUACCCUGGUGGAUGGUUCUCCGGCGAAAAGCAGACAUCACCGAAUUGUGCGCCUAAACCCAACAGAGUCGACAGUGCUAAAUAGCGCGGAGAAGGUUCCGUAUCUUCUCAUGGUUGAAGUUUUGAGAGAUGAUUUUACUUUCGAUCCGGACACGCCAGACAACAGAAGGCUCCUAAGCACUCUCCUCUCCGACCCAGGUCAUACUCGGCGCAUCUUUGACCUUUCAGACUCGCCGCGCAUAACGACGGUGCCCAAGACGCCAGAGCUGGUCAUCGACAGCGUGUUCGAGCCGGUAUCUGGCGACCUGGGAAGCUCGCCCUUGAUCAAGCCUUAUGACGAGGAUCCUUUACAGAAGCACCAGGUGAAACAGGUUCCACCUGCUCAGCCUCAGCGCCUUCCUAGCGUUAUCACCACCACCACCACUACAAUGUCCAGCGUUGUCUCGGACACAACCACUCCUCGAAGCUCUGGUGUCUCUACUUCGAGAUCGAGCAGCCCUCCGGGCCCGCUCCGCAAGAUGACAAUCACUGCACGUGCUAACGCCUCGGUGGACCAGCCAGACUUCUCGGCACUAGCAACUCACAUGCGAACCGCUUCACAGAUGCUGGCGCAGCUUGAGGCUACAAGUGGCAAACGACCGAGACAUGAAGUGCAAGCCAUCAGAGCGAAGAUCAUUGCGAGCAUGCAGAGUCUGGAGGAGCAGAGCUUCGACAUGGACGAGCAGGGACCGACCUUCGACACCAUCAUUGCAAAGGCCUCGACCGCGCAAGCAAAUGCUGUGGCGAGCACCGACCCUCCCGAUGUGGAGGCCGAGUCUCCUGUUGAACCAGGGGUCAAUGCUGGUGCUGGACUCGCGAGGAUGGAGAAUGAUAUCAAGACUGGCGGUAUUCAGAGCAAGGGCGAUCGUGACGAUCCUAGUGCGGCAGUCUUCGGCGAAGCAUGGCAAGCAAAGAAGGAGCGUAUUCGCAAAACGUCGCCUUAUGGCUGGAUGAAGAACUGGGACUUAGUCAGUGUUAUCGUCAAGACGGGAGCCGACUUACGCCAGGAGGCAUUUGCCUGCCAGCUUAUCGAUGUCUGCCACAAGAUCUGGGUCGACGCGAAGGUCAAUGUGUGGGUCAAGCUCAUGCGAAUUCUCGUUACAGGAGAAUCCUCCGGUCUGAUCGAGACGAUUACAAACGGCGUGUCGUUGCACUCCAUCAAGCGAAGCCUGACACUCUCAAUGGAGACGGGUCCCAACCAAAAACGUCGAUUUGCUACACUCAGGGACCAUUUUGUCAAAGCGUUUGGGGCGACGGACAGCGAGCCGUACAAGGCGGGAGUGGAUGCUUUCAAACGCUCACUCGCUGCAUACAGCAUGAUAUCUUACAUCUUGCAGCUGAAGGAUAGACACAACGGCAAUGUUUUGAUCGAUAGUGAGGGACAUAUCGUGCACAUCGACUUUGGCUUCAUGUUGUCCAACUCGCCGGGAUCAGUCGGGUUUGAGGCUGCGCCUUUCAAACUCACGCAAGAGUAUAUUGAGGUGCUUGGUGGUAUUGGGUCCGACGAUUACGAAGACUAUAAAAGACUCUGCAAGCAGGCCUUCCAAGCCCUGCGGCGGUCUGCGGAUAACAUUAUCGAUUUGGUGGCCAUGAUGGGACGAGACUCGAAUAUGCCUUGCUACUCGGCCGGAGUAGCUCAGGCAACGCACAAUCUCCGCCAACGAUUCCAACUGCAGCUGAGCGCGGACGAAGCCGAACAGUUUGUGGAGACAGACUUGAUCGGCAAGUCCUUGGGCAGCUACUACACACGGCUCUACGAUACCUUCCAGUAUAGAACACAGGGCAUUUACUAG